AUGUCUUCCGAUCACAGCUACGACAUUCUCUUCCUCGAGAAUCCGCUGCUCGAUAUCCAGGGCGAAGGGUGAGUUUCCGGCGGCUCCUCGCGGAGAGCAGAAAGACCAGUGGCCGAUGAAACUGACCGACGGUUUCCUGUCCGAUGCAGAGACGAGGCCUUGCUGAACCAAUACGGCCUCAAGGCAAACGAUGCCAUCCUGGCCGAGAAGAACCACCUCACGCUGUACGAUGAGCUGAUCAAGAACCGCAAUGCCAAGCUCCUGGCCGGAGGUGCCGCUCAGAAUAGCGCAAGAGGUGCUCAGGUACGCCGGUCUUAAUACUGCAGUAAUAGACAGGAGGAAGGGCCUUGCUUCCACUCUAAACCUGACUCUAGUGGCCAUAAUUGACACGACAGAGCUGAUCCAUGCUGUUAGUAUCUGCUCCCAGACAACUCUGUCAUUUUCUUCGGCUGCGUCGGAAAGGACAAAUACGCCGAUAUCUUGCAAGAUGCCAACAAGCAAGCCGGUCUUGCCGUUCGCUACCGCUACGAUGAGAAAGAGCCCACUGGGCGAUGUGGUGUCAUCGUCACGGGACACAAUCGAAGCAUGUGCACGGAUCUUGCUGCGGCCAACAGCUACAAGAUUGAGCAUCUGAAUGAGAACUGGGACGUCGCAGAGAAGGCCAAGGCAUACUUUGUGGGGGGAUACCACCUUACAGUUUGCGUACCCGCUGUCCUGAAGCUUGCCGAAGAAGCCGCAAAGAAGAACAAGGUUAGUCGUUGUUUCCGAAAACGUCUCCGACAGAACAGCAGGCUUACGGUCGCUUCAGCCCUUCAUCUUCUCUCUGUCGGCGCCAUUCAUCCCUCAAUUCUUCAAGGAGCCACUCGAUCAGACCGCACCUUACUGGGAUUACGUUGUCGGCAACGAGACAGAAGCCACCUCGUAUGCUGACUCGCACGACCUCAACACUCACGACAUCCCCACCAUUGCCAAGGCCUUGGCCAAUCUGCCGAAGGAGAACAAGCAGCGCAAGCGCGUCGCCAUCAUUACUCAGGGAACUGAGUCGACUGUCGUUGCAGUCCAGGGCGACGACAACGUCAAGUCUUUCCCCGUCCACCCAAUCGACAAGAACGAGAUCGUCGACACUACUGGAGCCGGCGACGCGUUUGCUGGCGGUUUCUUCGCCGGCGUAGCAAAGGGCGAGAGCCUUGAAACCUGCGUCGACAUGGGCCAGUGGCUGGCGGCUCAGAGUCUGCGAGAGCUGGGACCAUCGUAUGUGCCAUUUCUUCCGUUGGAUUAUCACCUCUACGACGGCCUUUCUCUGACUGAUGACAAUCCCAGGUUCCCCUUCCCAAAGAAGGCCUACACCGCUACCAAGUGA